CAGGCUCCAUCCGCCCUCCCUCCGCUGGGAGCCGAGCGCCUCUGUUUGUCCAGCCCCGAGUUCCUCCCCAGGGGCACAGCCGGAAACAAAACCACAAUGGUGCCUUGCCCCUCCCCGCCCGGAGCGGGGCAGAACCUCACCGACUCCGCCCGAAUGCGGGACCUGGCUGCUGUAGAGACUCCCCGGCGCGUCUGGGUGCGUUUUACCUUUCCCCCCUCCUUUCCCCCUCCUUUCGCCCUCCUUCCCCUCACACUUCCCUUCACAGUCGGCCCAGCGGCCCGUGCUCCGGGCCCGGGCUCACGGCCGGAGCCGUCCUGCAGAGCCGGGCUGCAGCUCGGCCUGGGCUCGGGGCCGUAACCGAAACCAAAUGUGAUCUGAAAUGACGUAGUUAGAAAGGUGACUGGAAAUCGGCAUAAACCACCUUUAGUACUUGGGGAUUUUUUUGUUUGGUUUUGCUUUUUGAAUUUUUGGGGUUUUUGGUGGUUUUUGGGAGUUUUUUUUGUUUUUGUUUUGGUUUGGUUUUAGGUUUUUUUUUUUUGUUUGUUUUUUAAUUGGGAGGACUGGGAUAUUCAAACAAAUUAGCGUGGUCAUACUGGUUCACAUCGGGAGAAAACUAUCCAAGCGUAGUAAGGAAUGCGAUGGUUCCCUCGGAAAUUCCCUGUUUUUCCUGAGUGCGUUGCACAACUCCUGUUAGAGGGCGUAGGGCAGUGAGGAAAUGGAGGCACUUGAAAGCUGUGGAGCACGCUUUAGAACUUUACAAAUGCCGGAUGGCCCCGGCUCCAGGUGCGGUCGUUCCACCAGCGGCACCUCUCCCAACAAUGCGGAGCGGAGGAAGCACAAAGCCCAGCCCGCGGCCGGGUCACGUUCUGUUCCCUCCUUCCAGCUCUUCUUGUGAAAGAUAAUUGCCCGAAUCAGAACGACGCCACUGGUGUCAUAUCCCGGUUUUGUUGCUGCAAAGAUGACUGUGAAAGGUUCAAGGUACAGAAGGUCAGCAAGGAGUUAACUGGAGUAUGAGUCUUUGUGUGAAAUUUUAGUAUGUUAUUUCCUGCUCCUUUGCAAGGAUGUCAAAAAACAAACAAAAAAAACAGACAAACAAAAAGCCUAAUUAGACAUGUACAUAAACACGAAAAUUAUUGAGGCAGCUUUAUCUCUGAUGACUACAAACUUUUUUCUUUUGUCUUAGAAGAUAAGCUCAUUUUUCUCUCCUCUUUGUAGAGAAUUUGCAUUCAGUAAGUCAUCUUGUUGCAGAGCCUAGAUAAUAAAAAGCUAGGCUGCUGGGUUUAUGUUGUGAUUACUUUUUAACUUUUGCAGCUAUGAUAACUGUAUCUGUGAUGUUUGAAAAAGUGAUCAUGAGAUGGGAGAGUGGACUAUGAUACCCUUUUUUUCUCUUAUGGUGGAGUAGAUCUGGCUAAGAUGUACACACACAGAAUGUAUCAGGCUUGCCCCAGUCUUGUGACAUUCCUGCUAUCAAAAUAUGGGCACACGGUUUUGGGAUGCAAAGUUACAAACUGUUUUAGGUUAUACUAAAAAAUCACUUCCCAUUGCUCUAAAUUAUUCCCCACGUAGUACCCAAUGAAUGUAUGUGCACAACUGGUUUUCCUUUUAUUUAGAGCAUCAUUCCUGCUUCACUGCAGUCAUACAGAGGAAUGACACUUGGUCAUUUUCUUUGGUUUUCCCACCCCCAUAAAAUUAGGAAGUAGGCCCCCCACAGUAAUUUGUGAUCCUGAUAUUUGUCCAACUGAUGUAAUCACUGGAAAAUCCUGGAUGGAAACCAAUGUGUGCUGGGUCUGGAUCAGUGAUUUGGCAAUGGUCAAAUGCCUGAUUUCCAGUGGUCUUGUGAACAGAUCUGCAUACAGAACUGCCCUCGUAAAAAUGCACCUAGUUAAGAAUGAACACAAGAGAACUGCUGUGGUAGACACAGGCUUCAUGUCAUGUUGGUUUCCAGUUUAAAAACCAGUAAGCUGGCAAUUUUAAAGGAGCAGCAGCAAAGUGAUGACCAGGUGCCAAGUGCCAGCUUUCCUUAUUCAUCAGAUUCAAGAAGAAUUGGAUAAAGAAGAAGAAGAGAUGAUGGUUUUCCUGUGCCGAGACCUUGCUCCUGACUUGGCCACUGCUGAUCUUAAAGACAUCUUGGUGGCUUUGAAUGAGAGAGAGAAACUGACUCCUGUUGGCUUGUCUGAGCUGUUGUACAGAGUUAAGAGGUUUGACUUACUGAGGAGGAUCCUGAACACUGAGAAAGCAACAGUGGAAGCUCACCUUGCCAGGAGUCUCAGACUUAUCCCUGAUUACAGGGUACUAAUGGUAGAGAUAAAUGAAAAUCUGGAAAAAGAAGAAGUGGGUUCUCUUGGUUUUCUACUCAGGGAUUAUGCACCUCGUAUGAAAAUGGCAAAAGAUAAGAGUUUUCUAGCUCUUAUAAUUGACCUGGAGAAGCUAAAUUUGGUGGCUCCUAAUCAACUGGAUUUGAUAGAAAACUGUUUUCGAAGUAUUCACAGGAUAGACUUGAUUAAGAAGAUUCAGAAGUACAAACACGAAGCUUCAGUGUCCUCUGUUCAUUCUCAGCCAGUAUAUGUAAAUGCUCAUCAGGCCUCUCUCCCCAAUCUCAAUUUGAUUGAUCCUCCUUAUCACUCAGGGAUUCAGAAUGAGAACACAGAAAAAUUACAAAAUGGAUCAAACCUUUCUCUGGCAGAACCAGUUCACAUGUCUAUUCAGGAGUCAGGAUCAGUGCCACAUAAGAUGUCUGAUGAUUCUUACAGAAUGCUAAGUCAACCUUUAGGAAUAUGCCUGAUAAUAGAUUGUAUUGGCAAUGACACUGAUGUGUUGGAAGAGACCUUCAGAGGCUUAGGCUAUGAUGUCCAUUGUUACAGAUAUUUAAAUAUUAACUCCAUGAAUCAAACAUUGCUUGAAGUUGCAAGGUGGCAGAAGCACAGAAAUUGUGACAGCUUCGUUUGCAUAUUGGUCAGCCGUGGAAACUCUCAGACCAUCUUCUGUACAGAUCACGCCUUUUCUGGAUUCCCUUUGGAACAAAUAAAGAAAUACUUUACAGCAGACUCAUGUCCUGGACUCCUUGGAAAACCGAAGCUUUUUUUUAUUCAGAGCUAUGUUGUGCCAGAAAAUGAGCAAGAGUGUGCCAGUCUUUUGGAAAUUGAUGGGAAGGGUGAGAAUAUCAGUGCUGAAGUCACUAUCCCUCAUGCAGCAGACAUCUUUUGGAGUCAUUGCAAGGUGGAUGUGUCUACGCUAGAACAAUCACCAGCUGCAUCCUCAUAUUACCUACGUUGUCUGGCUGAACUACUCCGUAAUCCUUAUAAAAGGAAACUCUGCAUAUUGGCUAUCCAUAUGGAACUGAACAAAAAGGUUUAUGAUUUGAAUACGACCGCUGGCCCAAGCCAACAAUACUCACUGCUGCUUCAGCACACACUGAGGAAGAAACUUUUUUUUCACACUUAACUGCUGUUAAAAAGUACAUAUCUGAAAUGGUUAACAACAAGCAUUUGCUAUGAUGCAAACAGUUUAAUCUUUAUGCAUUGUUAUUUCAUGCAUAUCUAAAGUGCCUGUUGCUUCCAAACACAGGAAUUUAAGCAUUUUAGUGUGCUAAGACACUAGAUUUUGUAUUUUAAUAUAGUAGUUUCUGAAAGCUUGGAUGAGAAUGGUAGCUAUUGUAUAGCUGUGAUGCAUAUCUUGCUACUGAGUACAACAGGUAAACAGAGUGGAAAGAUAUCUGAACUGCAUAGCUGUUGGGUUUUCCAAGGAAAAACAGAAGUGUUACACAAGUGUUUUUAUUGUUUCAUGGGUGGUUUUUACCAUACCUCCUAGCAGUUAAUACUUAAACAAAUACAGGCCAGUCCAAACCACUGAAACACACUGAUGACUUUCCCCUGCACCUAAUAGUGACAGAUGUCUCAGGAAAGCAUUCCUAUCCAAUAAUGUCAGAUCUAACAAGUUCUGGCUUGCAUGCCUCUAUAGACUGGCAGAACAGAAGGGAGAGAUGGUCUUUUCAAUAAUCUGGAUUCCAUCUCUUUGCUUCAUUAAAAAUUGCAUCAUUAGAACUGUCCACAGCACACAGGGGUUCUGUGUUAAUAAAUGAGACAGUCUGCUGUACUUUGGGCCAAGUAUGUUUUCUGCUGACGCAAAAAUGAGUCUACGUGUGAGAGGACAUUACAGUAAUCAGCCACACAGUUUAAAAAAAUGUGGAAUUUUUGGCAGAUGACUUGUGGAAGCUGAAGCACCAGGCAUAGUUGUAAAAAGAUACUUUAAAAUAUUUGAACUUAAAUGUAGUAUGUAGCAGCCAUGGGCCUUUAAAAGUGGAUUAUGUUAAACACCCCACCCUCACUGCUUUUAUGGAAAAAAAAAAAAAAGCCUCUAUUAAUUCAAUUUUUUCCCAAGUGAUCUUGUUCUUGUGAAAAAAAGAAAAGGGAAAAUUGUCCUAAAUACAAACAUCUUUCUCCAAUGUAUCAUUUGCCUAACAUGAAAAGCUCAGUUAACCUUACUUAUGUAACGGUAUAACUUGGAUGGAUUAUAUUGAAAUUUAUUGUCACUGAACUUAGUGACAUAAAGUAGGUCACUUUAGUAAAGUAAAUAUUUAAUUUUUACUCCUAAUAAAGUCUCCUAGUCAGGAAAAAAAUUCAAGGCCCUGGUGUGCCUUGCUUAGUAUCUGGAAAAAAGAGGAUACAAAAUGAGAGAUGUGGAAUCUUAGAAGUUAUCCUGUGGUGGCUGGUAAAUUAACUAAAUAGUCAAAUAAAUGUUUCCUGUGGUUGUAGAAAUAAGAUACCAUUUCAAGUUACAUAUAUCUAAGUAACGUUAAUAAAUGUGAUCUUCAGAGAUUGA